CUGAGGCGCCUAUGGGGGUGGCGGGGCAGCUCUAGGAGCAGGGGCCUGGCGAGAGCCUUGAGGAGCGACCCUGGCCUGUCCGUGGCCACCAUGGCUCCUACGCUGUUCCAGAAGCUCUUCAGCAAGAGGAACGGCCUGGGGGCGUCUGGUCGGGACUCAAGAGACCCGGAUUGUGCGUUCAGUUGGCCUUUGCCAGAGUUUGAUCCAAGCCAAAUUCGACUGAUUGUAUAUCAAGACUGUGAAAGACGAGGGAGAAAUGUCUUGUUUGACUCCAGUGUUAAGAGAAAAAAUGAGGACAUAUCAGUAUCGAAACUCUGCAGUGAUGCUCAAGUUAAAGUCUUUGGGAAAUGUUGCCAACUGAAACCUGGAGGAGACAGUUCUUCCUCUUUAGAUAGUUCCAUGACUUCAUCUUCUGAUGCAAAAGACCAGUGUCCUAAGUACCAGAGUUCUCGGUGCUCUUCUGAUGCCAAUAUGCUUGGAGAGAUGAUGUUUGGAUCAGUAGCAAUGAGCUACAAAGGAUCCACCUUAAAAAUUCAUCAGAUCCGUUCCCCUCCACAGCUUAUGCUCAGCAAAGUUUUUACUGCACGGACUGGCAGCAGCAUCUGUGGAAGUCUCAAUACGCUGCAAGAUAGUCUUGAAUUCAUCAAUCAGGAAAACAGUACAUUAAAGGCUGAUAAUAACACAGUUAUUAAUGGACUGCUUGGCAAUAUAGGUCUUUCACAGUUCUGCAGCCCCAGGCGGGCAUUCUCUGAACAGGGUCCGCUCCGCCUGAUCAGGAGCGCCUCUUUCUUUGCAGUUCACAGCAACCCAAUGGACAUGCCUGGAAGAGAACUGAAUGAGGACAGAGACAGUGGCAUAGCACGCUCUGCAUCUCUCAGCAGUUUGCUUAUUACACCAUUUCCUUCUCCAAACUCCUCACUUACCCGAAGUUGUGCCAGCAGCUACCAGCGACGCUGGCGACGUAGCCAAACAACAAGUUUGGAGAAUGGGGUAUUUCCUAGAUGGUCUAUAGAAGAAAGCUUUAAUCUGUCAGAUGAAAGCUGUGGCCCUAACCCAGGAAUUGUGAGGAAAAAGAAGAUUGCAAUUGGGGUGAUCUUUUCAUUAUCCAAAGAUGAAGAUGAAAGUAAUAAAUUUAAUGAAUUCUUUUUUUCACAUUUUCCUCUGUUUGAAAGCCACAUGAACAAAUUAAAGAGUGCAAUAGAACAGGCUAUGAAAAUGAGCCGGAGAUCAGCUGAUGCCAGUCAGAGGAGUUUGGCAUAUAAUCGAAUAGUUGAUGCCCUAAAUGAAUUCAGUCACUGUGCAGACCUGAAAGUCUAUAUUGAUCAAACAACAAUUUGUAAUCUUUACACCAUGCCACGAAUUGGAGAGCCUGUCUGGCUUACAAUGAUGUCGGGGACUCCAGGAAAAAGCCAGCUCUGCCAUCGUUUCAUGAAGGAGUUCACUUUUCUAAUGGAAAAUGCUUCCAAAAAUCAAUUCUUGCCAGCACUCAUUACUGCAGUUCUGACCAAUCAUCUUGCCUGGGUUCCAACAGUCAUGCCAAAUGGACAGCCCCCUAUAAAAAUAUUUUUAGAAAAACAUUCCUCUCAGAGUGUGGACAUGUUAGCAAAGACUCAUCCAUAUAACCCACUUUGGGCACAACUGGGAGACUUGUAUGGCGCUAUUGGCUCUCCUGUACGGUUAGCAAGGACUGUGGUAGUUGGCAAACGACAAGACAUGGUCCAGAGGCUGCUUUAUUUUCUUACUUAUUUUAUAAGAUGCUCUGAACUUCAAGAAACCCAUCUUUUAGAAAAUGGAGAAGAUGAAGCCAUUGUUAUGCCAGGCACAGUAAUUACUACCACUUUAGAAAAAGGUGAAAUUGAAGAAUCUGAGUAUGUGCUUAUCACAAUGCACAGAAACAAAAGCAGUUUGCUCUUUAAAGAGUCAGAAGAAACAAGGACUGCUAACUGUAACUGUAAAUAUUGCAGUCGUCCACUCCUUGGACAAAAUAUAGAGAAUGUUUCACAGCAGAAUAGAGAAGAUAUUCAAAACAGCUCUAAGGAGCUUCUAGGAAUUUCAGACGAGUGCCGAAUGACUGCUCCUUCUGACUGCCAAGAAGAAAAUGCUGUUGAUGUUAAACAGUACAGAGAUAAAUUAAGAACUUGCCUUGACACCAAGUUAGAAACAGUUGUUUGCACAGGAUCUGCUCCAGUAGAAAGAUGUGCCUUGUCAAAGUCAGGCUUAGAGCCAGCAGAGGAAACAUGGCAGAGUGAGGAAUUGUUAGAUUCAGGUAAUCAAACAAGUAAACUGUUGAGAUCCACAGGAAUGGUUGUGGAAAAAAAGCCUCCAGAUAAGCUUGUGACAGCUGCAUUUUCUUGUGAGGCAACCCAGACAAAGGUCACUUUCUUGAUUGGGGAUUCUAUGUCACCUGACUCAGAUACUGAACUCCGGAGUCAGGCAGUAGUGGAUCAGAUUACCAGGCAUCACACCAAGUCACCGAAGGAAGAAAGAGGGGCUAUUGAUCAGCAUCAAGAAACUAAACAAACAGCUAAAUCUGGAGAGCCUGGUAUACCAAACAUGGUUUCUGGAGAGCCCUGUGAACUUCCCUGCUGGAAUCAUUCAGACCCAGAAAGCAUGAGCUUAUUUGAUGAAUAUUUUAAUGAUGAUACAAUUGAAACCAGGACUAUUGAUGAUAUUCCAGUUAAAACAAGUACAGACGGUAAAGAACACUGCUGUAUGUUAGGGCUUUCGAAACGAUCGUGUACAAAAAAUAGCAAACAAAACAAUGAAUUUUGUAAAUGUGUAGAAACAGUUCACCAAGAUUCAUGUAAAACCUGCUUUCCUCAGCAAGACCAAAGAGAUGCACUCUCCAUUCUUGUCCCCCAUGGGGAUAAAGAGAGUUCAGAGAAAAAAAUUGCUGUGGGAGCUGAAUGGGACAUUCCAAGAAAUGAAAGUUCAGAUAGCGCCCUUGGGGAUAGUGAAAGUGAAGAUACAGGUCAUGACGUGACUAGACAAGUCAGCAGUUAUUACGGAGGAGAGCAAGAAGAUUGGACAGAAGAAGAUGAGAUACCUUUUCCUGGGUCAAAGUUAGUUGAAGUUAGCGCUGUUCAGCCCAACAUCGCCAACUUUGGGAGGUCCUUGCUGGGUGGCUACUGCUCGUCUUACGUGCCUGACUUUGUUCUUCAAGGAAUUGGGAAUGAUGAGAGACUCCGGCAGUGUCUACUGUCAGAUUUGUCUCACGCUGUUCAGCAUCCAGUAUUGGAUGAACCAAUAGCAGAAGCUGUCUGUAUUAUAGCAGAUAUGGAUAAAUGGACCGUUCAAGUGGCCAGUAGCCAGAGACGAGUGACUGACAAUAAACUGGGAAAGGAAGUAUUGGUUUCCAGUCUUGUUUCUAAUCUUCUUCAUUCUACUCUUCAGCUUUAUAAACAUAACUUGUCUCCAAAUUUUUGUGUAAUGCAUCUUGAAGACCGAUUGCAAGAGCUAUACUUUAAGAGCAAAAUGCUAUCUGAGUACCUAAGGGGGCAGAUGCGUGUUCAUGUCAAGGAGCUGGGAGUGGUUCUAGGGAUUGAAUCCAGUGAUCUUCCUCUUCUGGCUGCUGUAGCAAGCACUCACUCUCCAUAUGUUGCUCAGAUACUACUUUAACAUCAAAGUUGUUAGAAAUUAAUUUUGGUGGAAGAUUGAGUAUAAACCAAGGAAGCAAUCACAACAUGCAUUUAUAGCAAUUUUUUUUCUGUUAGACUUCCAUCUGAAUGAGUCAGGCACCUGGGUUUUCUGCAUGGCAGUGCAUAUUGUGUGAUCAUUGGAUGGCUUUUUCCUUCUGAUUGGACUUUUGGGUGGUGGUAGAUUUUUAACCAAGUGAAACUAAGAACAGCACAAAUAAUUUGGGGGAAAAGCAUUUGAAGAAGCCAAAGUGUAACUUCUAAGUUUCUACUACGUUAAUAACAGUGAGAAAUUUCCUCAUGAUCACUACAGUGUCGCCGCAGCUCAUAAGUAGCAACAGAUAUUUCAUGAUUAAAAUGGCUCAGAAAUAGUCAUUUCCUUUGUUUUAAUCCUUUAUUUCUAAGGUACAGAGAUCUAUAAAACCUUGAUUUUAUUUGUUUUUCAGUUCACAAUAGCUAAUUUCUAGGUAUUUCUCCAAGUAUUUUAAACAGCCUGUUAAUUAUAAUAAACUUGGAAUAUUGCAUUUGAAUCUAUGUUAUGUUAUUCACCAAGUGUACAUAUGUAUCUAUUUUUUAAAAAAAGCAGAGGUAGAAAUACAAGAUUGGUAAACAUGCCUUUUUAAAAAAUGUAUUUUCAACUAGUAUUAAUUGUAUAUAAUGUUGAAAUGUUACUUUCUGGUGAUUUUUCUGUUUCACACACCCUAAAAUAUAAGUAAAGCCAAUCUUUUUUUAAGGCCGAGGAAUGUAGAUUCCCAAAAUAAGAAUACUACUUUAUACCACUUGUUUUGUUUGUAAGUAUAAGCUAAUUCUUAUAAAUGUUAAUAUUUACAUAUUUGCAUCUAAUUUAAUAAAUUAAAAUUAGGAUUAAAAAUUGCACCAAAGCAUUGGCGAAAGUAAUACUAUAAUCUUUAAAAGUGCUCAGGUAACCGAGGCCCUUGCUUUCGGUAUCAGCCCUUCUUGAACCCAUAGGAACUAAAUAUUUGUUUUACUGCUUCAUAAUGUUCAAUUUACACUAAUAAAACUUACUAACUCUUAAAAUUACUCUUUCUCUACUAGCCUCUCCCUUUCGAAAAUUUCAACUUUUCAGUUAAUUGUUUUUGUAUAUACUCUAGAGUGUUGUGAGAAAGGCUACUAUGGAACCAAACUCUUGUAAGUAAUGUAAAUAGAAAGAUGGGUAGGUAAAGUUUUCAGUAUGCUCUACUACCUCAGUUUACUUGAAAAUACUACAUUAUAGCUUAGCCUUUACUUAUCUGGUCUCUGAUGCUUUUAAUACUAGAAGUGAAUCUGGCUUCUGUUUUCAUGAACUAUUUUUAUCAUAAUUGAUUAGCUUAAAAAGAGAAAACCACUUGCUGAUUCUGUACUAAGUACAUUUAGUUUAUAAUGCAUCCAUUCUUGCUAUUUCAGUUUUCAGUAAUUAAGGAAGAUUUCUGUGGUUUGUUUAGUCUUUGACCUUCAGUUUAUAGCAUUGGGUCACGUUUUGCCUUGUUCUUUUCAUACUCAAGAAAUCUCCAACCAGACUAAGAAGAAAUGGUUAUUUUAAUGGAAUGUAAACCUGAAAUUGGUGUACUUUGCAAUCAGUUUGGCCUCUGUGUCCUAGCACCUGGUCCUAGUUAGUAUCUGAGUCUCCCAUGGAUGACUUGCUGUCAAAGAGUGUUUAUGGAUAUAUUUUCUCGGCUUAAUUUUUUUUAUUCUAUUCAUUAACAAAGUUCUUCUCUCAUCUAUUGUUUGGAAUUCUAUGAAUCAUUUUGCUUGGCAGAAAUCAGAAUAUAGAAAAGAUCAUAUUUGGGUCACUGUAUUUUUUUUUCUUUUCUUUUUGUAUUUCAGGAUAUGUAGCAGGUGGGCCAUGUCAUGUUAUUUUUUAAAUUAAUCAUUAAACUAUUCACAGUCCCAUCUAUUUGAAAUCAGUAAUAAAUUAUCAUUUAGAAAUUCUAGUCUGCAAUAAAUGGAUGGCUCAUUCUACUGUUAUUCUUAAAACUAAGCUUUGCUUGGAAGGAAAAGGCCUGGAGUUUCUUAUAGAAUCGUCAAUUCUUCCAGAAUCUCUGGGUCUUCUAAUUUGCAGUCCUUUUGUAAUCUCUGCUCCGUUCCAUCAGCGUCAUUCUUUCAUUAUACAAAGCCCCAGGGAUGAACUGCUACUUCUUUAAAGUGUAGUCAUUAUGAUGAGUGUGAAAAGAGUUUUGGCCUGUUCAAAAAAUAAUGUUUUCAACUUCUUAUGGUACAGACAGGUAUGUGUUACAUAUAUUAAAAACCUGUUUAACAGGAAAUGAAAAAGGGAUCUUCUGUGUUAUAGAUUUAAAACUAAUUUUUCCUGUGUAUAAACUAAUUGGUUUGAUUUUAAAUAUUCCUGGCUUUUAUUAAUAUGUCUUAAUUUUGAGUUUGAAAGUGCAAUAAACAUACUGGCACAGAUUUCAUUUUGUUGCAGUUGGCAUACACUGGGGAUGAUCACUUAAAAAAAAAAAUUUUACACAAUGCCUACAUCUGGUAGAUGUCUUAUGAGAUUGUUCUGCUUCUUCUAAGUUAUUUAGUUGGUGGGAGAUGUAAAAUGUAAAUACUUGUUCCUUGUUCUGUAUACAUUUCUCAAAUGUACACCUGUAUUAUAAUACCCUCCCAAUUCUAGGGGAUAUUUGUGCAAUAAAUUCACUUGUCAAUUUGA